ACUAGCAGAUACUGGUAAUCUGCACUAAAUCCCCACCAAAAUGAGGCGGACAUAUCUUUCUUGGAACCCAUGGCGUUACGGAGCAAACUGGAUAGAACGGAGAUAAGAAUCGAACGGUAACAGUUCACUUUCAUCUAGCAGUGUUGCUCACUCGCCGGUGCUGUACUCGGCCCUGGACGCUUGCCUAUUGCCGUGUUUUUGGCGACGCAGUGCGAGAUGACUAUUACAACAGUGGAGGUGGACGUUGCCAAAUGUCCUGUGUCCGAAGUGGUCGUGUACCUGGACAGAGCUGACGUGACUAGAGAAGUGAAGGUGGAGCUGAGCGUUGGAGAGAAUGAAAUUGUCGUCAAACAAUUGUCCAGUGCGGUAGACUCUGACUCCAUUAGAGUGGAAGGCCGUGGGUGUGCAACCAUCGGAGAAGUGAAGUUCCAGGAGAAGACCGUCCCGAAAGAAGAGGAUGCGCCCAACAAAGACGUUACGAGUGCCUCGCAGACUACAACUUCCGAACUGGAAAAGGAGAGGGACCGACUGAAACAAGAAGGUGAAAGAUUGUCAGCCUUAUCAAAAAGACUGGGCAGGCAACAAAAAUUCCUCGACGCCUUGAUGAAGAAGGCCGGCGAAUCCGAAAAUGUCACAUCUGCUACGGCCACUUCCACACAUCCAACAUCUGUCUUAGAUCAGUUGAACGAGAAAGGCUUCCGACGCGUCACAGCUUUUAUGGAGUUCUAUUCUACACAGAGCCAUGACCUGGACGAGAAGGUCUCAGCUGUCAACAAGGAAGAGCUUAAAUUGCGGAACCAGCUUAAAGCGGUCAUCGACAAUCUUGCACUGAGGGGAGUUUCAAAGAAGGCGCAGACAAAGCCUCUGACGGUGAAACAACGGAGGGUGACAAUUAAUGUGACAUGUGAGAAGGCAUCGGCUGUGUCCCUGUUCCUGUCCUAUGUGGUCAUGGAGGCCGGAUGGCAGCCCCAGUAUGAUCUGCGAGUGUUCAGCAAGGACCGAUUGCUGAAGAUUCACUACUUUGCACUGAUAUCUCAAAGCACUGGAGAGGACUGGGAAGAUGCAGCGCUAGUGCUGUCCACAGCUCAGCCAAGCAUUGGAGGAAGUCCACCAGAGCUGGAGACCAAGAAGCUUGAAUUUGCUCGAAGAGUUCAGGAAAGGCGCUAUCGAACGCCUGCAAGCUCACGACUGGCUGAAUUACAACAGCAAAUUGAUGACGUGCAACAGAUUGCAAUGGAAGACAUGGACAUGCUUGUAGAGCAAAGCGAGCUACUUGACUCUCUCGCGGACACUGGACUCGGAUUCGGCGACGAGAGUUCUGGGCGAGCCCUUGCUCAGCUGGAUGUGCAAACUGCAGAGGUUGGUGGCACCGUAACCAGUACGUCGUUUGAGAUUCCUCGCCAAACAACAAUCCCAGCCGAUGGCACUGGACACAAGGUAGCAGUUGGUAUCAUUGACCUGCAGCCCGAGUUUGAAUAUGAGACUGUGCCCAAGCAGGCAGCUCAUGCAUUCCUGAAGGCUCAAGUCAAGAAUUCUUCACAGUACUCACUGCUUCAGGGUCCAGCAAAUGUUUUCAUGGACAACAACUUCAUAUCCAAGACAUCGUUAGAUGAUGUUAGUCCCGCUGAGGAAUUCUUAUGUUCUCUCGGAGUAGAUCCAGCAAUCAGAGUAAUUUACAAGCCUCUCAAGAAGUUCAGGGAAACCACAGGCUGGCUCAGUAAAUCCAAUCUGCUCAAAUUACGACAGACGGUAGAGGUAAAUAAUACCAGGCUGGAGAAAAUCAAGAUCAAGCUGACAGAUGCUAUUCCACGGAGCAGUGAGGAAACGAUCAAGGUCAAUUUAGUGAAGCCUGAAGUCAGUACACGCGAGCCGACUAAGACAGUGCCUGGUGGCAGCGUCACGCUAACCAAAGAAAACCUUCUAGAGUGGCAGCUGGAGGUCGGAGCCAGCUCGAAGCACGUUGUCGAAUUUGCCUACAACGUCGAGUCACCUGCAAGCGAAGCGGAUGUGAUUGGUUGGUAAGAGCUCCGGCACCCUGGAUUGUUCCAGGCUUUAUGCAGUUACUUGUGUAUCGGUAGCUAUACAAUUAGAUCUCUCCCUGGCUGUUCAAACUCGAGGUAUUGAGCACUCUCUUGGACAGCCUGGAACCUCUCUGUUUUACAAUUAUAUUUGGUCAAGUUUUACAAUGUGUGUUUUCAGCUGAUGAUUGUUGCCAGCUGGUUAUGAAGCGUAACGUUUCCCUUAUCUACGGACUCCUGUAGUAGAAACAUGACUGAACAUUCUUUAGAAACAUAAUUAUCAUGAUUGGUAUCACUGAUCGAAUCUAACCCUGAGACAAGAGUUCCUUUAAAAACACACUAGUCAGAACUCAUUUUCAUUCGCCAAUGAAGUAGUGUAUAUUAUAGGUUUUUAUCAAGUUUGAGCUUCCCGAUUUUCCAAUGCUUUUGCAAAGGUGCUAAAAGAAACCUUGUAGUUGGUUCCACAUCCUUUUUUACAGAUCACAUAUCACUGGGUAUUAUCCUGCUUUGCUUUAAAGUGGUUAGCUGCUGCAUGCUAUUGCACACCGUUUACCGCUCGCUGGCUAGUUGCCAUGGUUUGCUAGAUCAGUGAGCAUGUCCACUUGAGCUGGAAAUCCUAUAUCAACAGCAAUGCAAAAAUGUAAUUCUUCCAAAGGUGCUAAAAGAAACCUUGUAGUUAGUUCCACAUCCUUUUUUUUUACAGAUCACAUAUCACUGGGUAUUAGGCCAUGGUAAAAAUUAUCUUUGAUUCUCAAG